AUGUUGGGCAGUGCCCUCAAUUUCCCACCGCCGGCCGACAACAUUGAUGACCGUCCGGCGAAGCGACCUCGCCCAGCUGACCCUUUGCCUCCUCCUCCUACCUCUGACAAGGAGAAGAAUCGUCGGUUAUCGUGCAAGGAGUGUCGAAGACUGAAACUGAAAUGUGAUCGCGUAUUUCCUUGCCAGAGCUGCUGCAAACGCGGCUGUGCCGAAAUCUGUCCAGAGGGCGCCCUCCAAAGUGGUCGGGGAUCACGCUUCAUUCUCGCCAACACCGAGCAGCUACACGAAAAAAUCACCCAGCUCAGUGACCGUGUUCGUCAAUUAGAAGAUGGACUCGAAUCCGUGCAAGCCGAACAUCCACUUUUGGCCCCCGAUCUCCGUCGCAUAAAGACCUCUCAGGAGCUUUAUGUACCGCAAAAUAACGGGAGUCCACCCACUCAAGACGCGGCUACCGCUCCUGUUGUACCUCCAGACAUACUCCAGCUCUCAGUCACUUUCCCUUUCCCUUGGUCUGUCGACCUGAAAAUUCGCCAGCGGAUACGCGAUGCCCUACCACCCAAAGCAGAUGCACAGGCAUUGGCCGAGGAAGCGCGGCGAAAUGCCCUCUGGCAAUACAACCUCGACCCUUCUCAAACAUUUAUUGAUCUGCUAAUUCAUAGCGUAUAUACCACACCUAUUGCCGAAUUAUCCCCCCGGCGUCUCGCUCUCUUGCUGAUGGUCCUCUCCAUCGGCUCCCUCGUCGAUCUCUCGCGACCAUUGGGCUCUUUGCAUGGCGAAGCCUACCACCACCUCGCUCGCGCCGCAGUUUGCGAAAUACCGUUGAUGGAAGAACCCGAUUUCGACGAGCUUCAUGCCCUUUUCUUCAUGAUUUGGUAUCAUUUAGUUUUUUCGGACAACCGCAAAGCUGUGGGAUAUGCCUGGAAUCUUAUGGGAUUUGUCGCUAAACUGGCACAAGGGCUUGGACUCCAUCGCGAAGGAUCGCGGUUGAAAAUGAUACCUGAAGAGAGUGAGCGCCGAAGGGCCAUAUUUUGGGAACUGCUUAACAUGGACUGUCGGAUGAGUUUGUCAUUAGGCCGUCCACCCUCGCUGUCUCUCCAUCAUGUCGACACCAAACUGCCCACAUACACGGAACACACACAUGUUUUGAAGGACGAAGUUCUUUACCAUGAGUGGAAAAAUUCGUUCUUUGUCAAGUGCCUUUCUUCCAUCCUGGAGGUUGUUGCCUCGGUAUCGCCUGUGAAUUACAAAGAGGUCCUGAAGCUCGAUGCACUCGCUCGUGACUUCCCAGCGCCACAAGUGCUAAAUGACACUGGCGCAACAACACGUUUCCUUGUUAUGCAGCGCGCUCUAGUGGCGUCUGGACGCGAUAUAGCUCUUCUUCAGCUUCACCGUCGCUUCUUUCAAGAAACACUCAGUGGACAGUUCACCGACCUUCAUCACCCUCAUGCUCCGUCAGUCCUUGCAACCUACAUCGGCGCUGCAUCGUUGAUAGCGACGAUCGAGAAUUUGUUUGACCACGAGCCACAUCUUAGUACGCGGUUCCUCCACUUUUGGUUCAACGCAUUUUCAGCUACGGUGACAUUGUCGAUAUUCGUUUCCCGUGCGCCAGCUACAUCGCUUGCGCCGUAUGCAGUACAAGACCUUGAUCGGAUUUGCCGCCUUUUCCGUCGUGUUGCGACGUUAUUGCCAUUCAGCGCUAAAUCAUUACCUAUAAUGGAGAAGCUAACGGAGAAAGCCCGUCGCGCCUGCGCUCAUUGGCAUGAGGACACAACUGUCACACCCGUUUCAUCAUCGUCCUCUGGUGCUGCUCUGCCUCCGGCCUUCCAGUAUGCUCAUUCUACGCUUGCACAAUAUGCCGAUGAGAUGACGUUUACACCUCCUCGUGUCCCGACCCCCCAACCUCCAGCAUUCAAAGAUCCUACUUCUUACUCGUGGCUACCAGAUGUCUAUCGUUUCUCAAGCAUGGGCGUUGGAAUUGACGAGCGUUAUCGACUUCAAGAUGAGCGAGGUCAUCUUCAUCCUGCUGGAACGUUGCCAAAUUAUGGCAACAAUAUCAUAGUGCCUGUUCCUCCAGGUCAAGGGCUGCUAGAAGGGAGCGACAAGGAAAGGGUAGCAACGGGUGGUGUGCCAUUUGCGAUGGCUCAACCAACGCCAUUUGUACCCUCGGAGCCUCGCAUCGCAGCCAACGACUCAUUUGACUUUGAACAUGGCUCUCUCACUGCAGAACUCGCUGAGACAAGCUAUAUGGCCUGGUUCUAA